GCUUUCAAAACACAAAACCAACAGCAAGCAACGUGGCCUAAACUAUCAACCAAAAAAAUAUCUUCUUUCUGAAAACUUAAAAACUUUUUUCUCAACGGGUCAAAUCAAAUGUGUCAAUGAGGACACCGGACACCAAAGCGAAGCUUUUAAAUAAUUUAAGCCUCUCCAAGCAUCUAUCUUCUAAAAAGGGUUCUCGGACCAGCAACUGCGGCAAUCGCCUGGAAUUCUUCGUGCUCACACAUCUAACCAACGUGCCCUGACUUACUCAAGUCGCAUCUGUA